AUGGAUAGCUUCCUCUCCUUCCAAUUUAUAGCUUGCACAGUACUCUUCUUCAUCUUAAUUCACCUUCCUCCUCUUUCUUCCCGCGAAAACAAGUGGUUUUCCAGCUGUGGUAAGCCCUUCAACUGCGGAAACAUAAAUGAAAUUACUUAUCCUUUCUGGGGAAAUGAUCGACCGAAGGAAUGCGGUUAUCCUGGAUUCGAGCUUCAAUGCGAAGAUCAGGGAAACACCGUAAUACAGAUUGCGAACAUAAAUUACCUUGUUCUGGAUAUUAAUUUGGACGGCCAAAUUAUUACAGUGACUAGAAAAGAUCUAGGUGCAGAUAGAAUUUGUCAAUUUAACUCGACUAUAGAUAAUUCCAAUACAUUCGAGUACGCUUCGAGCUUAGUGAAUUUCACGUUCAAUUAUGCGUGUCUGCCUUGGGCUGGAUCGUUCAAUUGUCCGAUAAAUGGAAUGAAUUAUAAGAAUGGUUUUGCAAUUGGAAGUGACGGAGGAGCUGGGACAUGUCAUGCUAGUAUAGUUGUACCAGGUCGUAAGGAGUUUUCGUCUGGAGGAAUAAUUCGAGAUUUGGGGGAUUUGAAGCAGUUGCUGGAACAGGGUUUUGAUGUGAAAUGGAAAGUGGAUAGAAGUCAUUGUAAGGAAUGUGAAAAGUUGGGGGGACGUUGUGGAUUUGAUGUUGGUGCGAAAGAAUUUAGGUGUUUGUGUCCUGAAGAUCAAUCUUCUUCGUCGUCGUCGUCCAAUAAUGCAUGCACCAGUGGAGUUCCUACUGGUGCAGUUUCGUCCUCUGGAACUGGAAAUAGUAAACCCCUUUCAUCCCUGACUACACCGCCUGGUACGUUUCCCUAUUUCCUUCUUAAGCUCUGCAUUUUCCGACAAUUGAUUUUGAAUUUUUAUAUUGUUGACAAAAAGGAAUUUCUCACAUGA